UCAAAUUACUUUCAAUGUAAAGAAGAAGAACAAGAAAAAAGAAAAAGGAAAAACACCCCAUAUUAGCCCUUUCAUAUGACCCACACCCAAAGAUCAACUGCCCUACAUCAAGAAAGUGUGAUGAGUGGCGGCGGACACGGCGGAGGGCCGUGCGGCGCAUGCAAGUUUUUGAGGAGAAAGUGCGUGAAAGGGUGCAUUUUUGCACCGUAUUUCAACUCGGACCAAGGCGCCGCCCACUUCGCCGCCGUGCAUAAGGUGUUUGGAGCUAGCAAUGCCUCUAAGCUCCUCCACCGCAUCCCGCCUCCCAAACGUCUAGACGCUUGCGUUACGCUCUGUUACGAAGCUCUCGCUAGGGUUCGAGACCCCGUCUAUGGUUGUGUUUCACAAAUCUUCUCCCUUCAACAACAGGUAGUGAAUUUGCAGGCAGAGCUAGCAUACAUUCAGGCCAAACUUUCCACCUUGCAGCGGCUAUUUCCGCCGCCAUUACACAAUCCAACACCGACCACUCGCAUCGCUCCGUUCCCGGAAACGAUCCCGGGUUCUGAAAUUGGCUUGCUGUCUGACGUUCCAAUGCUCCUUGACCCGCUCCAAACUCCGCUAGGUUGUAAUGAAAUGACAAAUAGCUUUAUGAAUCCAAUUGAUUAUCAAGAUCAUAUGGAUGAAGAUGGUGAUCUUCAAUCUUUGGCUCGAGAAUUCGUUUCGAGGUACUUGCCCGAAGUGCAACUCCGGCCGCCGUGCUCACAGAUUUAAGUCUCUCUAAACUCUUUUGUGACAUCAACUUUCAUCACAGCCCUUCUUUCUUUCUUUAUUUUGAGAUAGAACUGUAUGAUCAAUAUAUAUUUGGUUCUGAAAAUUUGGUGAAUAUUAUUAUAUAUUGAUCUCUUUUGUUCUGAAUCA